UGUCAUUAAUAGGAACAUGCUGCAUACUCGGUGUUUUGGUCGAAAAUGUUAACAGAAAUACGGUAUAUUGUGACAAGUGGGUUAGUUGUAGCAAUUUUAUUACGAAAUUAUUAAUUUUAAAAAACUCUUAACACACACUCUUAAAAAAAAAAAUCACUUCACCAGCAGUUGGCGGUAGUGAGCUCAGAAUGUUGACAUCUUGUCUGUGGUUUACAUAACAAGACGAGGAGGAAGACAGAGCGGCGGAUUUAUGUCAGGCAGACAGGUGAAAAAAUGAAGACUCUGAUGGUGUUUGACUUUGACCACACUGUGAUCGACGACAACAGUGACACUUGGGUGAUUAGAUGCCUUCCAGGUCAGACUCUUCCCGACUCGGUGAAGAAUUCCUACAGGAAAGGCCACUGGACGGAGUUCAUGGGCCGAGUCAUGAACUAUAUAGGAGAACAGCAGAUCAGCCCAGACAGGGUCCGCAGUGUGAUGGAGACCAUCCCCUUCACAGCUGGGAUGACGGACUUGCUGACGUUCAUAUCGGAGCAUAAAAGCACCAUUGACUGCAUAGUCAUCUCUGACUCCAACACCAUGUUCAUAGACUGGAUCCUCCACGCAUCUGGGUUCAAGGCGGCUGUGGAUCAGGUUUUCACCAACCCGGCCAGGUUCAAUGAGCUCGGGUACAUGGAGGUGCGGUGCCACCACUCUCACGACUGCGACCGAUGCCCCGUCAACCUCUGUAAGAGGAGAGUCCUGGAGCGGUAUCUGUCAGAGCAGGCGGACGGAGGCGUGGAGUACGAGCGGGUGUUCUACGCGGGGGAUGGCGGGAACGAUCUCUGCCCGACUUCCUGUCUGAGAGGGCGUGAUGUUGUGAUGCCCAGGAAGGGCUACACUCUGGAGAAACUGCUGGCCAGGCUGGAACAACGGGAAGAUAACGCUUCUCUGCGAGCUAAAGUGGUUUCCUGGAGCAGUGGCACCGACAUCCUCGAGGAACUGAAAGCUAGUAUGCAGCCGUAGUACAAUACUUGACUGACUUCUCAGUUGUAACUGAAAUAUUGCACUGUGAGUGUGUACUGUAGAGGGCACAUGCUGCUCUCCUUAAUGUUAAAAUUUUCUUUCCCAUUGCCUAGAUAGUAUUUCUCAUUUUAAAGUACAAUUGUUUCGGGAAAAUUAGGUCAAAUCAGGUACAACAUCGUUGAAAAUUGGUGAUGUGUCUGCAGCAAAUAUGAAUAAGAAUAUUUUCUUUUUUCAAAACAGUAACAAGCCCCUCAAACAAGGUUGGACUCUCAGUUAUUAUCAGAUUUGUCUUUAAUUCGGAGGUGGAGGGGGGAAUGGUAGCCCGGCUACGCCCGCGUACGUACUUACGCUCAAUUUUCAUUUUUCAGUACUCUGUGUGGGUUUGUGGUAUAUUCGCGGGUUUUCUGGUAAUCUUCGGUGAUUUCCCUACUAAUGGUGGCAGAGAAAGAUGCGAGUAAAGCCAUUCGGUCCGUGAAUAUCCAGAAGUUAAAACCUGAGAAAGAAGAAUCUUUGCUGAGUUCUGUUGGUGGACGUGAUGAUGUGGCCCUCCUCCCCACGGGGCUUGGGAAAAGUUUGAUUUUGAGCUCUAGAGUCUGGUAGGAUCAGGUUAAUGGACCCAAGUCUGGUAGGACCAGGCUAAUGGACCCAAGUCUGGUAGGACCAGGCUAAUGGACCCAAGUCUGGUAGGACCAGGCUAAUGGACCCAAGUCUGGUAGGACCAGGCUAUUGGACCCGAGUCUGGUAGUAUCAGGCCAAUGGACCCGAGUCUGGUAGUAUCAGGCUAAUGGACCCGAGUCUGGUCGGACCAGGCUAACGGACCCGAGUCUGGUCGGACCAGGCUAUUGGACCCGAGUCUGGUCGGACUAGGCCAACGGACCCGAGUCUGGUCGGACCACGCUAACGGACCCGAGUCUGGUCGGACCAGGCUAACGGACCCGAGUCUGGUCGGACCAGGCUAACGGACCAGAGUCUGGUAGGACCAGGCUAAUGGACCCGAGUCUGGUCGGACCAGGCUAUUGGACCCGAGUCUGGUCGGACUAGGCCAAAGGACCCGAGUCUGGUAGGACUAGGCCAAUGGACCCGAGUCUGGUAGGACUAGGCUAAUGGACCAGAGUCUGGUAGGACCAGGCUAAUGGACCAGAGUCUGGUAGGACCAGGCUAGGGGAAUAGAGGAUCCUGUGCCCAACUGUAAUAAAAACACUAAUUACAUUGGACUAAAAUUUGGGGAUCUAUUUUCACAGAAAAGUCUUUAAAGUAUUGAGAGAAUCUAUUGCUUGAAACAAGCUAGCGCAAACAGCUGAUUACCUUAUAAUGGUAAUAGUCAGGGCAUGGAGGACGUAAAAAUAAAUCGCUAUCUCUAUCCCACUAUCAAGGCUCAGCGUAGCACCACACUUCCAUGGUAGCGUGAUGAGGGUCCCUACAUAAAAACCGAAGCAUUGAGAACGUUGUAAGUGUACAGACAGUUUAUUAAAAAGAUUUAUUUAGUUUAUUAAGACAUUACCAUUCGUGUAUAGAGGCAGGCGGCAUCUUGGGAAAUCAGUCAUGACCAGUUGAACGACGAACACCCUGCUUGAGCUUUGCUAUUGGUUGCCCGGCGUUCGUGGUUUGUGUGUUAUUAACCCCUUAAGUUCAUUAUGCGCCGGAAUUGUCCUUUAAUGUCAUUACACAAUGUUUAUGAGUAACAUUUUAUAAAAAUCAGUUACACACGAAGCCCUUUGCAGAGCACUUUAGCUAACUUAUGCUUUUAAAAAAACACUAUAAAACAUAAAAAUACACUUUAUGGCUUCAUCUGUGUUACCGGUACAUAUUGAACUAAAAACAUGGCCAAGGUGGUGUGACAGCGAGCCAGAAUAUACUCUAUAUCUGAAACUAAGGCAGCUAAACGGAAUCCGUCGUUUUUAUUAUUUACACCUGUGCUUUCCUAUUGGUGCGUGUCAAAAUGUCUUCUGUGAAAAAGGUGUAUUAUAGUAUAGCUAAUAAAUAUAAUUGAAAAUCAGGGACUAGGGUUG